AUGGGUCGGGGAAUAGCAGAGGAAGCGCUAGUCCUUCUUCGUAAAAGACUAAGUGAUCUCAAUUUCAUCUUCUCCCUCCUCUCCUAUUGUCCCGACAGCAACUACAGUUAUGCUCUACCUUCGGGCAAGGCUAAAGCUGUAGCACGGGAUACUUUGGUCAUUUGGUGCUCUCUUGCUUCCAGAUUGGGCCAUUGGGCUUUAAAAGCUGAACUUGAAGACCUCUGUUUUGCUGUUCUUCAGCCUCAGAUCUUCCAGCAAAUGCGAUCUGACCUGGCCUCCUUGUGGACACCCAGCAGCAGCAGUAGCAAGGUAGGCAACCUGAGAAGUCUAUCAGCCAAAAGUAGCUCAAAUCCUGAGUAUGAAGCAUCAACAGAAGAUGUCGUAGUCAGCAUGAAGGAUCUUUUGCAGGCUGUUAUUCCAUUUGAUCUCCUGCUUGAUCGAAGAAAACGUAUUAAAUAUAUUCAAGAUCCAGGGUCAUGCUCAGAGGUCCAAAAAAAACCAAAAGUCGUGAGGGAUGUUGGGAUUGCCCUAGCAUCUCUGGUCGUUUGUGAGGAAGAACUAGAAUGCGAGUUGUUUAUAUCAACCUCCUAUGUUCCUGGAAUGGAGGUAACCUUAUCUAGCCGCCUUAAAAGUUUGUAUAGCAUUUAUAGUAAGAUGAAUCGUAAAGAUGUGAGCAUUGAUAAAGUAUAUGAUGCGCGUGCACUGAGAGUAAUUGUUGGAGAUAAAAGUGGAACUUUACAUGGACAAACUGUCGAGUGUUGCUACAGUCUUCUAAAUAUCAUACACAAGCUUUGGACACCAAUUGAUGGCGAGUGUGACGAUUACAUUGUCAAUCCAAAGUCAGGCCGAUAUCAGAGCAUGCAUGAAUAUGUUGAGCAUGGAGUUGCUGCCCAUUGGCUUUACAAAGAAGUUGGUAAUAAGUUGUCUACGAAGAGCAAUGUCAUUGGUUCAGAGAUUACAUCAUCCUCAUAUCUCUCGAAUGACAUGGAAGAUAAAAGUCCAGUUGAAGAUGAUAUGUUUCACAAAUAUAGGUCUCAAAAACCAAGAGAUCUGGUCCUUAGAGUUGAAGGAAGCCAUUUGUUUGCUGCAGUAAUUGUCAGGGAUCUGCUUGUGGUUGCGAGCUUCGUACUCGCUGCUUCUGAAGCAGUUGCGGACAGAAGAUCUUCUUCUCAAAGAAAGAGGUGGGAAGCUUAUGCAAGAUUGUACAAGAAGGUUGAUAUAAACGUCUCCCCAGAUGUGGUGGUGAGGGUGUUACAGAGAGGGGGGGGGGAGAAUGAAUUCAGAUGUAAACGUCUCCCCAGGUGUGGUGGCUGUAUCUGUUCUUGUCAUCCUUCUCAUAAGGUCAUGAUUGUUGUUGUUGCGGUUCCAGAAGGACUUCCAUUAGUUGUCACAUUAACGCUAGCAUACUCAUUGCGAAAAAUGAUGUCGGAUAAAGCGUUGGCAUUAACAAAGAUUUUGGCACGCCAAUUGGUGAGGCUUAGACAACAAAUAGCCAACCUACAAAGUAGUCGGGCUCAAAUGAGGGGCAUAACAACACAUACACAUGCAUUAGUUGCACACUCUUUUGUGGCUGUUGGGAUGAAAGGUGCUACCAAGGCAAUGGCAACAAUGAAUAAGCCCUACACUACACUUUUCGGAGGAACGUAA